AUGCCGGCACCCGACCUGCGCCCCCAAUUGCAGUCUCUUCUUCAGACUGUCGAGGAGGAGCAGCGGCAUCUUCUGGACUUGCUGAGCGUCCAGCAUGACCAGUUUACCUUGGCGCUCCGCGAGUCUAUGGAGCGGAUGAAGGAAGUUGAAAGAAAGGCCUUAGUUGCCGAAGCACCACAGCUGGCAGAUGAUUUCGUUGAAAACAGGGUGGUAUUCGCGGAGUAUGAUGAGCAGGAGGAGUACAGAAAGAAGAUGUCUCACCAUGACCACUCAACAAGUACUCUUGGCAAAAUCCCUUCACCUCACCACGAUUCGUCUCGGACUUUGCGACACCAAAGGACUGCGCAGGAGAUCUUGGGCUUGCAGAAUUUUGUGGACAAAAGCCGUGCAUAUGUGGAUAUGGUGGCUGGUACACUCGUAUGCUUGAACUGCCUUGUGAUGCUGACCGAGCUCGAGCUGGAGGGCCAGGCAGCUGGUGUCCGCUUGGGUUUGGGCCCUGGGCCAAACCUGGAAGAGGUGCAGAACAUUUUUCAAACCUUGGAUACCAUCUUCGUUGUUGUGUUCACAGUGGAGUUGUUAUUUCGAGCCGUCCUGGAGAGAAAAGGUUUUAUCUCAGACCUGGCCAACGCCUUCGACACUAUCCUAGUAAUUCUUGGCUGGCUUGCUCUCACCAUCAGUGGUUUCGCCGUCAGCGACAUCUUGCUUUUGCGGACGGUGAGAGUCCUCAAGGCCCUCCGGGCUGUGCGCUUGCUUAGGAGCUUCAGAUUCUUCAAGGGCUUGCGCUUCUUGGUCAAGGCUUGCUACUGCUUCAUCCCGUCCCUCCUUUGGGCAAUGCUCCUCCUGGUGGUCUUUAUUUGUAUGGGUGCAUUGGUUCAAGGCAGUCUGCUACAAGACUUUAUUCUCAAGGAGGAUGCUGAUAAAGAAGAGAGGCUGUGGGUGUGGAACCGCUAUGGGACAGCAUACCGCUCCCUCUACACCAUGUAUGAGAUCACAUUUGCAGGAAAUUGGCCCACCAAUGCUCGCCCAAUCUUGGAAACCGUGGGGCAUCCAUUCGUUUUGUUCUACUUGGUCUACAUAACUUUUGUGGUGUUCGCGACCUUGCGUGUGGUAACCGCAGUAUUUCUCAGAGACACGUUAGAUGCGGCCCGCAACGACGAUGAGGCGCUUGUGAUGGAGCGGCUGAGGAACCGGGACAACUACCUUGACAAAUUGGAGUCUGCUUUCGAAGCCAUGACCGGCCACAGUGAAGGACAGAUCUCGGAAGAGAAGCUCGAAGCAGUGCUGCAGAACCCUAAAGCCCAGGCAUAUUUUCAGACACUAGAGCUGGACAUUGUGGAGAGCCAUGCUUUGUUCAAAAUGCUCGACAAUGGUGAUGGUGUCAUCACCCACGGAGAAUUUGUGGAUGGAAUGUUACGAUGCAAGGGCCCCGCACGGGCUAUGGAGCAGGUGGCAAUGCGCGCAGAAUUGCGGCAAAUGGAUCACAAGCUCUCGAACCUCAUAAAUUCGUUACAGGAGCAUGUGGGCCAGCUGGUUUUCUUGAUUCAAUGACGUCACGUAUCCUUGAGCUCGUUUGGCCCAAGUCUCAAGGGGUAGAUGACGGUAGAUGAGUGAAUUCAAGCCUGGUGCGGGAGGCCUUCAUUCCAGAUGCUUUUGCUAUUUGUUGCUCUGCAGUGCUGAAGCCAGUGCCAGUUUAUGCCAUGGCCCAUGGGGCACGCAAGAAUGCGAGAAUUACACUUAUGCAGGCUCCCUGGUUGAAGACUUGAAUCCUCCAGCUGCGCUUGAUGAAGUGGUGAGGUUGCGCAAUGAACUUGGCGCUGUGCUGUAUCCAGAUCACGUGGCAGAUCUUUGCGGGGCACAAAUCACACAGUGGAUGCAGCAGGUCCAAAGUUACUUCGAAACGGACACCUACCAUGUUCCACUCAUCCAACUACUCCCCAUGCAAAACCAUAUAAUGGCAAACCAUGAAGAUGUGGCGCAGCGGUGCCCGGUUGCUUGGCUCAUGACACUUCUAUUGAAGAUGGAAUCUAACCUUCAACAUUCACAGCGGGGCAUGACCUGUGCACGCGUGCAUGCACGAGGUUGCCUUCGGGAUGCGCGGGGAUAUUGGAAGCUUUACGCAUCAACCAGGCUGCAAUAUGCUUCCGUUCCACCCACUGCGGAAGCCCAUGCUGAUACACUUUUCAAGGGAGAACUGCGCAUUGUGAGCAGUUUCCGGCAGACAUUGGGCAAGCCUCCGCAGCCGUGACGUUUAUUGACCCUUGUGUACUGGCUCAUGAGACUUGAGCGUCCAUGAGGAGGUGGCAAGCUUGAACUGCUAUACAACUGUAUAUGCAGCAGAGUUAUGAAGUGUUGCGCGUUUGGCCACCGAACUCCUAAGCGAGAAGGCGAUGAGCAGCCAAAGACGCUGCCUGAUUUUUCCAUAUCAUAUUCAUAACCGUUGAAACUUUGCUAGAAGAGACCCGCUCCAAGUACAUUGGAUGCUCGGGAUUUGUGAGGCUGGUGGCUGAAAACGGCAGGGGGCCCCGAGGACCCCCAAGCCAAACCAGAAUCAGUUGCUUUAGCACAGCCGAGUUGCCGUUCCAGUACUGACCACCGAAAAGGAGACAUUCGCUCAAUUCGCUCAAUACUAUACAUGGUCCCUAGGUGCGCUUUUGUCAUUCGAGACGUCUGGGCUCUUGGGUGAUCCCAUUGGUCUGCAACUUCUGCAUUGUUGCAGUCUCCUUUUCUUCUGCCGUACUAUUGCUUCUGGGCUCCACGGAUGGGACAUGUGGUGUCCACGAAUUAGCUCUCC